UCUCUCUCUCUCUCUCUCUCUAUCCCUCUCUCUCUCUCUUCCCCUGCCACCUCAUCCCACCGAUAAAUACAUCUCCGAUUGCUUUCUCCUCCCUCAUACUCCAUCUCAAACAUAAUAAUAAUCUUUCAUCUUUCAUUUCAUUUCGUUUCAUUUUUACCUUCUCUCUAACCACACCGCGUACAUUUAUAUUUAUUUACUUACUUACUCCUAAUCUCUGCUUAGACGUAACCGUUUUUAUCCCGCCCCCACUUCCAUGUUUGAUCGCAUUAACCUUCUCUUCCCAAUCGCCGCCGCCACACUCCGCCGUCACCGCCACGUCACCGCCGCCGAAUUCCCUUUCUCUCCGUCGCGCUCUACUCCAUUCUCCACAUGCAUCCUUUCUGCUGCGUCUCCGCCAUAUCCGACCAGGCCUCUCCGGUGAAACCCUCACCCCCUCCGUUCCCUGACUUCUCCACCAUGCCUCCUCCUCCUCCACCGCCUCCUCCCGCCGCUGCCGUCGCUGUCAGAUCCGAUUCGGCUCCACGCCUCAGCCACUGCCGCAGUCACAGCGCUACUCAGUCCGUGACCAUCAGCGAGCCCGGUCGCGUGAGCCAGCGGGAGCAGCAGCCGGUGGUGGUGGACGUGAAGAUCAACGACCUCGUCGGGAACGGAAUCUCCGGGAUACUUCACAAGUGGGUCAACUACGGCAAGGGAUGGCGACCGCGCUGGUUCGUUCUCCAAGACGGUGUUCUCUCCUACUAUAAGAUUCACGGACCUGAUAAGAUCGUCGUGAAUCCAGAAACCGAGAAAGGCUCCAAGGUUAUCGGCGAAGAAUCCAUGCGGAGGAUCACUCGCAACCGCAAUUCUUCCUUUCCGUAUCAACUCCGGCGAAAACCGUUUGGUGAAAUCCAUCUCAAGGUUUCAACGAUUCGCGAGAGCAAAUCGGAUGAGAAGCGGUUUUCGGUGUUCACCGGAACGAAGAGGCUCCAUUUGCGGGCGGAGACGCGGGAGGAUCGGGUGGCGUGGGUGGAGGCGUUGCAGGCGGUGAAGGACAUGUUCCCUCGGAUUUCGAACAGUGAGUUGAUGGCUCCGGUGGACAACGUGGCCAUUUCAACUGAGAAGUUGAGACUUCGGCUUCUGGAAGAAGGGGUGAGUGAUGCAGCCAUUCAGGACAGUGAGCAAAUAAUGAGGACUGAGUUUGCGGCGUUACAGAACCAACUCGUGCUGCUUAAGCAGAAGCAGUCGAUCCUAAUUGACACCAUGCGGAAUUUAGAGACAGAAAAGGUUGAUCUGGAGAAUACAGUCGUUGAUGAGAGCCAGAGACAGUUGAAUGAUCAAGAGGCUUCCUAUGAAUUAACACCAGAAAAAUUUAGUGAAGGAAGCGGGAGUGAAUCUGAGGACGAUAAUGAGAGAAAUGAUGCUGCAGAUGACGAAACAGAUGAUGACAAUGUCUUCUUUGAUACUCGUGAUAUUCUGUCAACCAGUUCUUUCAAAAGUAACGGGUCUGAUCAUAGAGUAUCAUCUUUCUCUUCAGAUAAUGAAGGGUUCUAUGCAUUUGAGUCCGAGGAGGAUGUAGAUCCUUCAAUUAGAAAUGUCGGAACCAACCACCCUUAUGUUAAGCGGCGUAGAAAAUUGCCAGACCCAGUAGAGAAAGAGAAAGGUGUAAGUCUUUGGUCAAUGAUCAAGGAUAAUAUAGGGAAGGAUCUAACAAAAGUUUGCCUUCCUGUUUAUUUUAAUGAGCCUCUCUCCUCGUUGCAAAAGUGUUUUGAAGAAUUGGAAUAUUCAUAUCUGCUGGACCAAGCAUAUGAAUGGGGAAGAAGGGGUAAUAGUCUCAUGAGGAUUCUCUACGUUGCUGCUUUUGCUAUAUCUGCUUAUGCGUCGACAGAAGGAAGAGCUUGCAAACCAUUUAAUCCAUUACUUGGGGAAACAUACGAGGCUAACUAUCCAGAUAAAGGCCUUCGAUUUUUCUCAGAGAAGGUCAGUCAUCACCCUAUGAUAGUUGCAUGUCACUGUGAGGGUACAGGAUGGAAAUUUUGGGGCGAUAGCAACUUAAAGAGCAAGUUUUGGGGCCGAUCAAUUCAGCUUGACCCUGUUGGUUUUUUGACUUUGGAAUUUGAUGAUGGGGAAGUUUUCCAGUGGAGCAAGGUCACUACGUCAAUAUACAAUCUCAUACUGGGAAAGCUUUACUGUGAUCACUAUGGUACGAUGCGCAUACAGGGAAACCAAGAGUACUCGUGUAAACUGAAAUUCAAAGAACAAUCUAUAAUUGAUCGAAAUCCUCAUCAGGUUCAUGGUAUCGUUGAAGAUAGGAAUGGAAAAACCGUAUCAACUUUGUUUGGAAAAUGGGAUGAAAGCAUGCAUUAUGUUAAUGGAGACUACACUGGGAAGGGGAAAGGUCCUGAAUCUUUGUCAGAUGCCCGUUUACUCUGGAAGCGAAGCAAGCCUCCCACAUUUCCUACUAGAUAUAACUUCACUCGCUUUGCCAUCACAUUAAAUGAACUUACCCCUGGAUUGAAGGAGAAGUUGCCACCUACAGAUUCCAGGCUAAGACCAGACCAAAGGUAUUUGGAAAAUGGGGAGUAUGAGAUGGCAAAUUCAGAAAAGUUGCGACUAGAGCAGCGGCAACGCCAGGCGCGAAAGAUGCAAGAGAGUGGUUGGAAACCACGGUGGUUUGUGAAGGAUAAAGCGAGCGGGACAUACCGCUAUUUAGGAGGGUAUUGGGAGGCCAGAGAUGAAGGAAAAUGGGAUUCCUGUCCUGACAUCUUCGGCCAAAUCCCUUCGGAUCAUCUUCCCAACGAAGUUCGCAGUUAUGGUUAAACACCCGUGAAAAUCAGGUAUGUGUAUGCCAAUCAGAUGCAAAUAUGAGCGAGUAAUAAUGCAAUUCUUUUUCUCUCCAUUGAAAUGAAUCCUCACUAUUUGGUUGGUAAACAACCAUUAUUGUAACUACUACUAUAUUACAUAGGUGACAGGAAUGCGUUAAAUUAUCA